CUUAAAAGAACUGCAGCCUUUUUGCCCCUUCCUCACGCCCGCAAUAACCCUCUUCUUUCUCUCCAGUCCUCUCUCCCGCGCAGCAUCAUACCCACGCACGACCCCCGCCAACCACAGCCAACCGUGGGCCGUCCGCCUCCCUCCGGCCGGCCGCCGAUCGUCGCUCCACCGCGCCAGACGUCGGUGAGUUUUCUCCUUCCUAUUCUCUCUCUAAGUUAUCCUCUGUGCAGCGCCUGCCAGCUGCCUUUGCCGCGCGUCGCCGCCGCCCUCCGCCGGUUUCGUUUGGUGUUGUGGAUUGGCGAUUUGGAGAAUUUUGACCAUCAGUAAUUUAGAGAUUUCGUCGUUCUUUUUGAUUGAGUUUUGGAGGACUUAGCGUGCUAUCUAGAAGUUUGAGAUCGUUCCGGCAAUUUUUUGAUCAAUUCUUGCUUGCUUCUUUUUUGCAAGGAGGGAGGCGACUGGAAGUUUGAAAAUUUUUCUUUCUAAUGAAGACGCAAGGAGGAGAUGAAGUUAUUGACAUAGACAGGACAACACUUUUGUUAGAACCAGAGAAUAAUACUGAAGGGGGAUUGUCAGUUCCGGGAAAGGAUAGACCAGUGUUUAGACCUCCUGAGAGAAGAUCUCAUCUAGGUCUUGAUGUCCUUGCCAAUGCAAGAAGGGGAGGAUCUAAUGACAAUGGAUUCAAAGUCCCACAACAAAGUAUUGCUUCUUUUGUUUCAUCAAUGGAGGAAGAGGAGACAAUUGAAUCAUCCGGAGUAACUGAUUCAGGAAAAGAAGCUGUUUCACGAAAACACUAUGUUAAAAAUAGAAAUUAUCGGGAAAUAGUUUCCAAUGAUUCAAAUGAAGGGAGUACUUCGGCUCAAGAUGGAUUAGCUGGAGAUUCAUUUAAAAAUCGUAAUUCUAGUGAAACUUUAGAUUCUAGUGUUAUAUCUAUGUCAUCCAAAAGCACACAUGUGAGCAGGUAUAGGAGCCCUAGACAAGACUACGAUAAUCAUGAUAGAGAGAGAAAAGAUUUUGACAAUGAUAGUAGAAGCAAUAACAGGCGGGCGAGACAUGGGCACAGUUAUGAUGGUGAUGAGCCUUAUUAUGGGAGAUCUCGGUACCAAAGGGACUAUGGCAGGGAAAAUGAAAGAAAGAGAAGUAGAUAUGAAAGUUCACGAAGAACUCCUGGUAGAUCUGAUUGGGAUGAUGGUAGAUGGGAAUGGGAAGAAACACCACGUAGAGAUGGCCGCUCUAACUCUAGUAGGCACCAUCAACCUUCACCAUCCCCAAUGUAUGUUGGUGCCUCACCAGAUGCUCGGUUAGUUUCUCCAUGGUUAGGUGGGAACACUCCUAAUUCUACUGGUUAUUCUGCUUCCCCUUGGGAUCAGAUCUCUCCUUCUCCAGUUCCUGUGCGUGCCUCUGGAUCUUCAGUAAAGUCAUCAAGCUCAAGUUAUCAUUUUAAAACUCACCAUCUUAAAUUUUCUUCACGAGGUUCACCUUUGUCUGAGGAUUCUCAACAAGAUUCUCUGACAGACAAGUCUGAGUUAAAUGGAACCAAGUAUGAAAUCAGUGAGAACAUGCGACUGGAGAUGGAAUAUAACUCUGACCGGGCUUGGUAUGAUAGAGAUGAAGGUAAUACAAUGUUCGAUGCUGAUAGCUCAUCAUUUUUCUUUGGAGAUGAUGCUGCCUUCCAGAAGAAAGAAGCUGAGCUGGCCAAGAGAUUGGUCCGUAGAGAUGGAACUAAGAUGACUCUUGCUCAAAGCAAAAAGCUGUCUCAACUCACUGCAGAUAAUGCAGAGUGGGAAGAUCGACAACUUUUGAGAUCAGGAGCUGUUAGGGGUACUGAGGUGCAAACCGACUUUGACGAUGAGGAAGAGCGGAAAGUCAUUCUUCUUGUGCAUGACACAAAGCCUCCUUUCCUUGAUGGAAGAGUUGUUUUCACUAAACAAGCAGAACCGAUAAUGCCAAUAAAAGACCCUACAUCAGAUAUGGCUAUAAUAUCGCGCAAAGGAUCUACAUUGGUGAGGGAAAUUCAUGAGAAACAAAAUAUGAACAAGUCACGCCAACGCUUUUGGGAGCUUGCAGGCUCUAAACUUGGUGAUAUCCUUGGUGUUGAAAAAACAGCUGAGCAGAUCGAUGCAGAUACUGCAGCAGUAGGUGAUGAAGGUGAGGUUGAUUUUAAGGAAGAUGCGAAGUUUGCACAACAUAUGAAGAAGGGGGAAGCCGUGAGUGACUUUGCCAAGUCAAAAACCAUAGCACAACAAAGACAGUAUCUUCCUAUAUAUUCCGUCAGAGAUGAGCUGCUGCAGGUUAUACGUGAAAAUCAGGUGGUUGUGGUGGUUGGAGAAACUGGUUCAGGAAAGACCACGCAAUUGACUCAGUAUCUAUUUGAGGAUGGUUAUACUACAAAUGGUAUUGUUGGUUGCACCCAACCAAGGCGUGUGGCAGCAAUGAGUGUAGCAAAAAGAGUCAGUGAAGAGAUGGAGUGCGAGUUGGGUGAUAAGGUAGGCUAUGCCAUUCGAUUUGAGGAUGUAACUGGGCCAGCAACUAUUAUUAAGUAUAUGACUGAUGGAGUUCUUCUACGUGAAACUCUCAAAGAUUCUGAUCUCGAAAAAUACCGUGUAAUUGUAAUGGAUGAAGCUCACGAGAGGUCACUUAGCACUGACGUCCUUUUCGGGAUCUUGAAAAAGGUGGUUGCCCAACGUCGUGAUUUCAAGCUUAUUGUGACAUCUGCGACUCUUAAUGCUCAAAAGUUUUCGAACUUUUUUGGAAGUGUCCCAAUUUUUCACAUCCCUGGGAGAACAUUUCCUGUAAAUAUUUUGUAUAGCAAAACUCCAUGUGAAGAUUAUGUUGAAGCAGCCGUAAAGCAAGCCAUGACCAUCCAUAUCACAAGCCCUCCUGGUGACAUUCUUAUCUUCAUGACUGGCCAAGACGAGAUCGAAGCAGCCUGUUUUUCCCUUGCAGAGCGCAUUGAACAACUAAUUUCAUCCACAAAGAAGGGGGUGCCCAAACUUUUGAUACUGCCCAUCUAUUCACAGUUGCCAGCUGACUUGCAAGCAAAGAUAUUCCAGAAAGCUGAAGAUGGCGCCCGAAAAUGCAUUGUUGCGACCAAUAUUGCCGAGACUUCCUUAACGGUUGAUGGAAUAUUUUAUGUUAUUGACACUGGUUAUGGUAAAAUGAAAGUGUAUAACCCUAGAAUGGGUAUGGAUGCGCUACAAGUAUUUCCAGUAAGUCGUGCUGCUGCUGAUCAACGUGCUGGACGUGCCGGUAGAACUGGACCUGGUACUUGCUAUCGUUUGUACACAGAAAGUGCAUAUUUAAAUGAAAUGUUGCCAAGUCCUGUGCCAGAAAUCCAAAGAACUAACUUGGGAAAUGUUGUUUUACUACUUAAAUCUCUUAAAGUUGAAAACCUACUGGAUUUUGACUUCAUGGAUCCACCACCACAGGAUAACAUCCUCAACUCCAUGUACCAGUUGUGGGUAUUAGGAGCUCUUAACAAUGUAGGAGGUUUGACUGAACUUGGAUGGAAGAUGGUGGAGUUUCCCUUGGAUCCCCCACUUGCAAAAAUGCUUUUGAUGGGUGAACAACUUGGGUGCCUUGAUGAGGUACUAACAAUCGUUUCAAUGCUUUCAGUACCGUCAGUAUUUUUUCGACCCAAAGAUCGGGUUGAGGAGAGUGAUGCUGCAAGGGAGAGGUUUUUCAUACCAGAAUCCGACCAUUUAACGUUGUAUAAUGUUUACCAACAAUGGAAACAACACCAGUACAGGGGAGAUUGGUGCAAUGACCAUUUCUUGCACGUUAAAGGGCUACGAAAGGCUCGAGAGGUGCGGUCGCAGUUGUUAGACAUCUUGAAGACUUUGAAAAUACCUUUGACAUCUUGUUGGCCAGAUACAGAUCUUGUGAGAAAGGCUAUUUGCUCUGCUUAUUUUCACAAUGCAGCUAGAUUGAAGGGUGUAGGAGAAUAUGUUAACUGUAGAAAUGGGAUGCCAUGCCAUCUUCAUCCAAGCAGUGCUCUUUACGGUAUGGGAUGUACUCCUGAUUACGUCGUGUAUCACGAACUGAUUUUGACGACUAAGGAGUAUAUGCAGUGUGCGACUGCAGUCGAGCCUCAAUGGUUAGCUGAACUUGGACCUAUGUUCUUCUCUGUCAAGGAGUCAGAUACAUCACUCUUAGAACAUAAGAAAAGGCAAAAAGAAGACAAAACAGCCAUGGAAGAAGAGAUGGAGUCGUUAAGAAAGAUUCAGGUCGAGUCAGAGAGAGAAAGCAAGGAGCGGGAAAAGGAGAAGAGAAGAAGGCAGCAGCAACAAGUUUCUAUGCCAGGUGUCCGUCAAGGUUCUGGAACUUAUUUAAGACCAAAGAAGCUAGGUUUGUGAAAACACAAUUAGUUGUAUUGUAUCAAAUAGUUUGCUCUUAAAUCCUACGGCUGCUCAAUAGUAAGAGAAAUUGAAAUGGAACUUUAGCUAAUGUUUAAAACAGGAAGUGUAAAUUAUGUACCCAGUUUAAAUAGAAAUCUAUGUAUAUACUUGCCUGUUGAAUAUGAUGGCAAAAUUCUUCUGCAUUGAAGCUAGACUUUGUAUUCUGUUAACAUUUUUCUUUCUCUAAGUUGCAAGUAAAAAAUGGUUACAGACAAUC